AUCGGUAAUUCGGUAAUGAGCGCAGAAUUCAUAUAAAAUCAAAUCGGAGGUAUUCGAUUAUAAUAAGCUGAAUUCUGCUGCUUAAAUCCAAAUGUCUAUGCUGAAUCAACUCUUUAACAGGGGGCUUCUUGGAGCGAAAUGUAAAACAUGCUUAACCUUGGCGAUCUCACGUAUCAAGUUGCUGCAAAACAAGAGGGAUGUGCAGCUGAGGCUUAUGAGAAAGGAGAUAGCAGAGUUUCUGCAGGCUGGCCAAGAAGCUAUUGCUCGAAUUAGAGUGGAGCAUGUUAUACGAGAACAAAACACAUGGGAGGCAUAUGAAAUCUUAGAGUUAUUCUGCGAAUUUGUUCUUGCCCGUGUACCAAUUCUUGAAAGCCAGAGAGAAUGCCCUAUAGAGUUGCGGGAAGCUGUGGCUAGCAUAAUCUUUUCAGCUCCAAGAUGUUCAGAUUUGCCAGAUCUAUUGCAUGUUCGGAAUCUAUUUGCUGCAAAGUAUGGAAAGGAAUUCAUAGCUGCUGCAUCUGAACUUCGCCCCGAUACCAGUGUCAACCGAACAAUAAUUGAAAAACUCUCGGUGAGUGCUCCGCCCACAGAUGUAAAGCUCAACAUACUGAAGGCAAUCGCACUAGAAUAUAACGUCAAUUGGGAUUCAACCAAGACGGAACAAGAACUCAGAAAGAAACCCGAGGACCUUCUUAACGGACCAAAACAAAUAGCUGUGCAACCUCGUGCAGAUUCGAGGCUAGAAGUUGGGAAAGCAUCGUCUACUACCACGGAUCAGCCAGCAGCUCCUUCAAAUGGCAACCAGGCAGCGCGCCACCUGCAAUCUCCCACGUCCCUCAGCAGCACUUCAUUCGUGGAAACGAGGCGAACUGAACCAAUCAAUGAGAUUCGGAAUCCAAAUCCACAUUCAUCCGAUGAUGCUCUGCAAAGGGCUCGUGCUGCUAUCACCGCAGCAGAGCGCGCAUCAGCUGCUGCACGCGCGGCUGCUGAGCUGGUGAACACCAGGUUUGCCCCGUUGAAGCAAGAACAACGGAAAAUCUAGCCUCGUAAUUACUAUUUUAUUUUAUGUUUUUCUUUUUGUUUGUUUUAUAUAUAGCGUUAAGUAAAAAAUCUGAGGGAAAGAAAUAUUGAGCAAAAUUGAAAGGUUCGGGAAUCAAAUUUGAUGCAGCAAAGUUUGUAGUUCAAAUAUAUAUCAGAUGCUAACUGUUAUCCAUUUGAUGCAACUAUUUGUAAGUGUGUGUGUGGUGAAAUUCACAGAAUAUUUUGGGGCAU